UUCGCGCGGUAAUCGCGUGUGCAUUCGAAAUUCAAAUCAAUGUCAAAUUCAAAGCGCGCGUCGUGAAAAAAAAAAUAAAGAUAAACAAAAUAUUUUAAACAAUGUUCGAUUGAUUGAAGCUAGUCGAUUAUUAAAUAUUUUUUAUUUUCAUAAAUAAGAAGAUAAUUGUGAUUAAAUUUCGUUUGUUUUAAACAAUAUAUAAUGUUAAGAAGAUGCUUUUUGUUCCUGUUAUGCACAGCAGUUGUUUCAUACGUCGAGGCCACUGUACCAGUCACAGCUACCACAAAUGAGAUAAAUCAAUUACCAAGAAAGAAAAGUGUGAACCCAGGUGCAGCUCUAUAUCCCCGGGCAACUGAAACUAGAGACCUUAGAAAUCUAGAUGGUGUGUGGAAUUUUAGGAAAUCACCCACAGACCCGGAGUUCGGAUACAAAAACGGAUGGUUCGAACAGGAUCUUGAAAAGACAGGUCCAGUGAUCCCUAUGCCAGUACCCUCGUCAUACAAUGAUAUUGGCGAAGACGCCUCGCUAAGAGAUCACGUUGGCCUCGUCUGGUACGACAGACGAUUCUAUGUUCCGAUCUGGUGGGGUCAGAACGGCCAACGAGUUUGGCUCAGAUUCAGCAGCGUACAUUAUGCCUCUCAAGUAUGGGUCAAUGGCCAAUCCGUAAUGUAUCAUGAGAUUGGUCAUCUGCCAUUUGAAGUGGAGAUCUCGGAUGUGGUCAACUAUAACACAAGCAACCUUCUAACAGUGGUUGUGGACAACACGCUUUUGAGUGAUACCGUACCUCAAGGAACCAUACGCGACAUAAUGGUUGCGAAUAACAAAGUUCGCUUGGAGCAAACAUACACAUUUGAUUUCUUCAACUACGCGGGCAUACAUCGAUCGGUCUUCUUGUAUUCUACUCCUCAAACUUUUAUUGAUGACGUCAUUGUUAACACGGACAUACAGGGAUUGACAGGCUUCGUAGUUUACAAUGUGACCUACAAGAGUGCAAGUAACGCACAGUGUGUGAUUCAACUGUUUGAUAAGAACGGGACGCAGGUGGCUGGAUCGCAGGACUGCGCGGGGCUGAUGGAAGUUGGCAAUGCUAACUUUUGGUGGCCGUAUUUGAUGCAUCCCGAGCCGGGGUACUUGUAUACUUUUAAGGCAUCCCUGAUAGGGCCACUGGGUGAACUAGUCGACACUUACAGUUUAAAGGUCGGCAUCCGAACAGUGACUUGGAGUAAUACCACAAUUUAUUUGAAUGACAAACCUAUCUACCUCAGAGGCUUUGGAAUGCAUGAGGACUCAGAUCUCAGAGGCAAAGGCUGGGAUCCAGUUCUAUGGGUGAAAAACUUCAACUUAAUUAAAUGGGUUGGAGCGAACGCCUUCAGAACGUCCCACUACCCGUACGCCGAAGAAAUCUACCAAAUGGCUGAUGAGCAGGGAGUUAUGAUCAUUGACGAAUGCCCCAGUGGUGAUACUGAUAUAUUCACUGACUCCUUACUUGAGAAACACAAACAGUCCCUCACUGAGUUAAUCAGACGAGAUAAAAACCACCCAAGUGUGGUGAUGUGGUCUAUCAGUAAUGAACCCAGGUCUGCUAACUAUAAAGCUGAUGCUUAUUUCGGUAAAGUUGUGAAACAUGUGAAAUCGAUGGAUUUGUCUAGGCCAGUCACUAUAGCCAUUUCGCAAUCCUACUUGAACGACAAAGCGGGUCAACAUUUGGACGUUAUUUGCUUUAAUCGAUAUAAUGGGUGGUACUCUAAUACGGGAUCAUUGCUUAACAUCGCCUCUUACGUGACAGAAGAAGCUACAGCAUGGCAUCGUAGAUAUAACAAACCAGUUAUCAUGACAGAAUAUGGAGCCGAUACGAUUGCUGGGUUACAUUUGAUACCUGAAUACGUUUGGUCCGAAGAAUACCAGGUGGCGUUGAUGUCGGAGCAUUUUAAAGCGUUUGAUCGUUUGCGGCGAGUCGGAUUUUUCGCCGGCGAAUUUAUUUGGAACUUCGCAGAUUUUAAAACAACACAAACGAUAACUCGAGUGGGUGGGAACAAGAAGGGUAUAUUCACAAGAUCUAGGCAACCUAAGGCGUCUGCGCAUCACUUGCGCGCAAGAUACCACUCUUUGGCAGCGGCGGAGUCAGGCGCACCGCCACCGGACAUCGCGUAUUACAUCAGUGAUCACAAACCACCGGCGCAUGAGGAAUUGUAAAAUAAAAAUUAUAAUAAGUCUCUAUAAAUUACAUUCGACAUAUUUUAAACUUUGUUUUUCUAUGUGCUGUAUAUAGAUUAAAAGGUUAAAUUGUUGACAGAUUUUCAGAUGCGCUUUGACCCAAUGAAGUGAUCUAAUGUAUAGACACUUCAUACGUAACUCAAAACUCAAGACAAUAGUCAUUGAGUAAACGAACAAAGCAAAGCUUUUAACGGUGAAAAAGUAAUUUUUAAAAGUAACUUUAUAAUUUACUACUAAGAUUCUAUUAUAAAUACACGACAAUUUUUUUUUGGUUUCUAUAUAAAAAUCAUUAAAGAAUUUUGUAAUACAUUUUACAUAACAUUCCAAUCAUCACCAAAAACUGUAUCAGUACAAUAACUCAUCUGUUUGUCCAAGCAUAUUAUUCAUUGCAAAUUGUGCCUUAAUACAAGGUGACUUAAUUCCGUUCAUUCGUUCAAAGUUAUAAUGAAACAAUUUUAUAUAAUGAUUGCGAGUGUAAUAUUGAGUUCUGAUAUCACGAGAUCCUAACGCCGCAAAAGCUUUACAUUGAAGGAACUAUAUCCAUACUUAUAUUUCAUCGAGCACUAUAAAUUAUUAUAAUAUUAGUAUAGUGCAUAGACAAUUUUAAAAAUAUUUAACAUAUUGGUGAUUUUGAUGAGGUGAUUAGAAAUAUAAACAUUAAUACUGCCAUUUAAAGUAUUCAUUAUCUGAAAAGGAUUAAGUAUAAAUAUAAUUGAAAUACCCUCAGUAAGUAACAUGUAAACAUUACGUUUACGAGUAACGAGAUACACAAUUAUAUAAACGACUUAAUAAUGUAGAAUAAGACAGGACAACUGUUUUCCUAUCUUAUACUGCGUUAAUAAAUUACAUAAAAACUUGUGUCAAUAUUAAAUACAUCAAGUCCCAUUUGUUUACCCCCUUAUAAAACUUAUUCAGUCAAAUUACACUGUUUAAACAAAAGCUCUGUUCUCUUUCCAAUAAAUACAGUUGAGAAAGAGACUAAAAACUAACUAGAACUUUUAACUAAAACAGUCCUUUACGCUUUUAUGAUUAAGGAUAUUUUUUUAAAUCUAACAGCCCUAUUCAGAAUUGUCAAUAUAAUUAUCUUCAAUGGUAGAUUAAUAAUUAUAAUUACAUAAUAUCAAAACAAUGGUUUACGCGGAACAUUUAACAUUUCGUUUGAAUUUAUUAAGUUGUUUCUUCAGUAAUCUUUUAAUUAACGACUCUGAGUACGGCUGUGAUUAUAAACCGUAUUAUGUAAACCGUUAAGCUAACAAUGACAUAUUAGAGUUUGUGCUGAAAAGUACAAAUUAGCAAUGCAUUUAACUGUAACUGGUAUUAUCUAAGUCUAUUUAUAGUUUUAACCCACCUAUAACAUAAAAGUGGAUUAUAUUAUUUUGUUACUAUGAUUAACUUUUAUGUUUUUAGAACUAAACUGCAUAUUUGUUAAAGGUUCUUUAUAUUUAAAGGCGAAUCCAGAAGUGAUGUGGGGCAUCAAUGCUUCCCGUCCCCCAUACCCUGUUACUUAUUAAAAUUGCAUCACCAUUAAAAAACAAUACAAAAAAUUUUCCAUCCACUAAUCCGUCCUCGUAACCUCGUAACUAGUUAGUUAUUGAUAUUACAUGUUCGUGCUC